UUAAGAACUCUGUGAAAAUGUUCGCAAUUUUGGCAUAUAGUAUUUUUGCCACUUUACUAAUUGUCGUGGUAACUUCUUACAUUGCCAUUACUUAUGGAGUCAAGCGACGAGUUAUUCUGCCAGUUAAAAGUAAAGAUUCACCGGAACAAAAUCAAAUAGUUUAUAAAAAAUAUAAACAAGCUCCUGGACCACGACCUUGGCCCAUCAUUGGAAACCUACAUCUUCUGGAUCGCUAUAGAGAUAAUCCCUUUGCGGGAUUUACCGAGUUGGCCAAACAAUACGGAGAUAUUUACUCCCUGACUUUUGGACACACCCGCUGUUUGGUGGUGAAUAAUCUGGAGCUGAUUCGCGAGGUCUUGAACCAAAAUGGCAAGGUGAUGAGUGGACGUCCGGACUUUAUACGAUACCAUAAGUUAUUUGGAGGCGAGAGGAGCAAUUCACUGGCCCUCUGCGAUUGGUCUCAGCUGCAGCAGAAGAGGAGGAAUCUCGCCAGGCGCCACUGUUCGCCAAGAGAAUCCUCUUCCUUCUAUGUGAAAAUGUCCCAAAUUGGCUGCGAGGAAAUGGAGCAUUGGAAUCGAAAGCUGAAAAACAGAAUGGUUCCGGGAGAACCCAUUGAACUGAAGCCGCUGAUUCUCAAGGCCUGUGGAAAUAUGUUUAGUCAGUAUAUGUGUUCCCUGAGAUUCGACUACGAAGAUAAGGAAUUCGAACAGAUUGUUCAAUUCUUCGAUGAGAUUUUCUGGGAGAUCAACCAGGGACAUCCCCUGGACUUUCUUCCCUGGCUGUAUCCCUUCUAUCAGCGACACCUGAACAAAAUCAUCAAUUGGUCCUCGACCAUCAGGAAAUUUAUAAUGGAGAGGAUCAUCUGCCACCGGGAGCUGAACAUCGAUUUGGAUGAGCCAGACAGAGACUUUACAGAUGCCCUACUAAAAAGUCUCAUCGAGGAUAAGGAGGUCUCCCGGAACACUAUCAUCUUUAUGCUGGAGGAUUUUAUUGGCGGACAUUCGGCGGUUGGAAAUCUUGUGAUGCUGGUACUGGCCUAUAUAGCCAGGAAUCAGGAUAUAGAAGGGAGGAUCCAAGAGGAAAUAGACGCCAUUACAUCGGAGGAAAAGAGACCUAUUAACCUAAUGGAUAUGAAUGCCAUGCCUUUUACAAUGGCUACGAUUUUCGAGGUGCUACGAUAUUCUUCCUCACCGAUUGUUCCCCAUGUUGCCACUGAGGAUGCAGUGAUCUCUGGCUUUGGGGUAACCAAGGGCACCAUUGUGUUUAUCAACAACUAUGUGCUAAAUACCAGCGAGAAAAAUUGGAUCAAUCCUAGAGAAUUCAAUCCGUCAAGAUUUUUGGAAAAAGCAAACGAAGAAAGACUGAAAAAUUCCAAAGGUUCCGAUUCGGGAAUCGAAAGCGAUAAGGAAAAACUCCAACUAAGAAAGAAUAUUCCCCAUUUCCUACCCUUCAGCAUCGGAAAGCGAACUUGCAUCGGCCAGAAUUUGGUCAGGGGCUUUGGUUUCCUAGUUCUGGUCAACAUAAUGCAGAGAUAUAAAAUCAGCAGCCACGAUCUAUCAACAAUUAAGAUAAGUCCAGAGAGUUUGGCACUGCCCGCCAGUUGUUUUCCAUUGGUUUUGACACCCAGGGAAAACAUCUAGGAAAGGGUAGCUACCCUCAGAGAAAGCUUAGCGGAAAAUUGUAAAAGAAUUAUUUGAU